AUGUACUCAAGAACCCGUAAAUCACAAGAAACCCCUGAUAAUGGGAAUAUCGACGAUAAUAGUACUUAUAGUCAACAGUUUUCUCACAGUAAUCAACAUCAUCACCACCAUCAUCAUCAUCACCAUCACCACCAUAACCAACAUCAUCACACGAAUACCAUUCCAGCUAACAAAGAUGGUAAACGUUAUACAAUGAAUGAGGUGUUCCAAGUCUGGUAUGAUAAUAAAGACCAGAUUUUAAAUACUGAAGUGCCAGUCAGUUCUGAUGAGCCAUACAAGUUGUCAAAACCAGAACAGAUUUACCAUUUAGAUUUGCAAUCAAAUUCAAAGGAAAAUGAUGAGUUACCUAAGGAAACUACUAAAGAAGUGACUGAAUCGUUAGAUAAACUUGCCAUUGGUGGAGAUUCGGAAAUUGAGAAUGUUACCCAAGGUAGUGGCAUUGCAUCUAUCCAAACUACUGCAACCGAUCAACCAGGUACUGGUACCGGGACUGGCAUUGGCACUGGCACUGGAACUGGCACUGGAACUAUCCCGUCAUCAAUUGGACAAGCUCCUCCUGGAAUUGACCCAUUACCAAAAGAUCUUCCAAGUGUUGAAUCCAAGUUUAGACCGCUUGUUACUUCUGAUAAAAUUGAAUGGUUUUACAUCGAUCCGUCAGGUAAUGAGCAAGGUCCAUUCAAUGGGGAUAUGAUGCAAGAAUGGCUUGCUGGAGGGUACUUGAAUCUUGACUUACAGAUCAGAAGGAAGGAAGAGAAUGGGUUCAAGACUUUGAGAGAAUUGUGUGAAAGUUUACUGAACUAUGUUACUCCUUUCAAGAUUCCAUUACCAGAUUUGACUACAGUCAAUAACAGCGGAAGUCAAUUUUUCCCUAAUGAUUUGCUGAGCAACAAUUUCCCACCAUUCCAAUCAAAUUUGUUGUCCUCAUUGACUGGUAAUGUUUCCCAUAGUAACAUGUCUCAAGGAAAUUUGUCUCAGACUAAUUUGUUUGGUAACGACUUUAUGAAAUCUGAUCCAUUCUCCACUACUUCAUUGGCACUGGUUAAUCAAACCACUACUCAAGGCUUCGGUAGCGCAACCGCUUUUGGAAUUGACACUUUCAAUCAACAGCCGUCUACCGGAUUAGAUGCAUUCAAUCAUAACUUGAGCUUCCCAUCCAUGCCAUCCAUCUUGCAACAACAAAUUCAUCAACAACAGCAACCAACAUUAUCCAGGGUUAAUAGUGGCUGGGGUGUAGAUACUGCUGCAUCCUCUAUUUUGCAAUCAAACAGUAAUCCUCAAACUCCAAUUGGCGGACAUCCUUCAUUACCAAGCCAAAUCAGUCAACCAGUUCCAAAUUCCCCUUGGUUACCUAGUGCUGUUGUUCAAUCUCAUUCCCGUGUGAGUUCUCCAUUUACUUCCACCACCAACUUAAAUUUGGUUGGUCAAGAGCCAUUGGCUGUUCAGCACGAUGCUGAAAUUACAGGAGGUGUCACUUCCAUUCCUGGAUCUUCUAUUACUGCUAUUUCUGGAGACAUCGCUCCUCCACUCGAAGAUCCAGUAUUAGAGGAAAUCCACAAUUCUGUUGUGACUGACUUUUUAAGUGAUGAAGAACCGAAACACGUUGAAUCACGUAAUAAGCAUAUUCCAUCUGAUGUUGCAUCUCCACCCGAAACUGCUGCUGAAGAGCAAACAUCUCAAACUAAAGCUAUUGAAGAAAAAGAAGUUGAAAAUGCUGCUAAACCAGUUAACUUGAAACCAUCUGCUCCUCCAGCUUUAGCACCAUGGGCUGCUCCAAAACAAACAGCCCAAAAACCUGCAUUGACUUUGAAAGAAAUUCAAAGAAUUGAAGCUGAGAAAUUGGCUGAACAAAAGAAAAUUGAAGCCCAGAUUAAGAGCGAACAGGCUGCUAAAGCUUGGGCAACUGCUGCUGCUGCUGAGAAACAAGCCAAGGCAGAAAAGGCAUCUGCUGUUUUACCGUCUACUUGGGGUAGUACCACUGUUGCUCCAGUUACUAAAACUUUAGCUGAAAUUCAAAAAGAAGAAGCUGAGCGCGCUAAAGCCAAAUUAGCUGCUGCUGCUGCUGCUGCUGCUUCUACUUCUGCCGUUGGUUCCGUAAAUGCUGCAACUAAGCUCGGUUCAUCAAACGCUUCUUUUGCCAGUGCAGUUGCUAAUUCUGUUCCAAGAGAUGAUGGACCAGCCUGGACCACUGUGGCUUCUAAAAAACAACCAUCAACCCCAGUCACCAAAAAAUCGACUAUUAAUGUCGCUACCACAUCAGCUUCUAAGACUACUCCUCAAUUGUUACGUUCUGUUUCUGCAAACAAGCAAAACACUACUUCUGUUAAUGCACAAGGUGUAAGAGAAGAUUUCUUGGUCUGGGCUAGAUCAAACAUGACUAGUUUGUAUCCUACUGUUUCUAAAGAAGAUUUAUUGGAUAUUUUCAUCACUUUGCCUCCAAAUUCAUCAGAUUCUGCAUCAUUAAUUGCUGAAACCAUUUAUAGUUCAUCAGCUACUAUGGAUGGUAGAAGAUUUGCACAAGAAUUUUUGAAAAGAAGACAGAAAGUCGAUCAACAAAUUGGAGGUGGUGACCAUGUUUCUUGGUCCGCUGCUAUUAUUUCUUCUGCUGACAAAGUUCCAACUGUUGAUGAAGAUGGUUGGAGUACCAGUCUGAAAUCUAAAAAGAAGAAUAAUAGAAGAAAUUAA